AAAACGUCAUGAACGGAAAUUUCCGCAUUCACUCGAAGGCUUUUCAAUGAUGGUAAUCAAAGUCUUCCUUGUUACUGUCGUCUUUUUAAGUAUUCUGUGCUCAAGUUACGCCGAAAAAUACUGCGAUGACGCUGGGGAUUGCUCAUCGUCAGAAACAUGUUGUAGUUACAAGUGCGUAAAGGGAACGAAUUGUCUUGGCCGUGAGUGUGUCAUCGACAAAGAGUGUUUGCCUCAAGAAAAAUGCUGCGUUGAUAAAUGUGCUGACAGAGAAUCAAGCAAUCCUUGUCUCGAUCCUGUGUACAUAAUUUUAAUUGUAUCGGGCGUGGUAUUUUUUUGUUUUGCAUCGACAGCCAUUAUUGUUUAUGUAAUUGCUGAUCGAAGAAGAAACAAAAGAACGCAAUCACAACGACGCGGCCAAGUUCUUGCACUGCCAACACAGCUUCCAUACCAACAAUUCGACAACGAGGAAUCGAUUGACAGUGAAACAACUGCCCAAGAGACUUUACCGUCCGUUCCAUCUCCUUACGAAAUGGCCUCACACGAGACAAACAUUGAUGACAAGAAGCACGUUGAAUCUUCUCUGCCGACAGCAUGACUGAAUUGUUAGACUGAUAAUGAUGACAUUUUUAACUCGAAAAAUUAAUAAGUCAUUAGACACUAAAUAAUAGAUAAUUGCUGAUACUUAAAAAAAACAAAUUUUCUUUGUAUCUAGUCUGGACACUGUUUCACGCACGGAUUCAAUGGUUGAUUAUAGUUCUUUCGACCUUUUUAUUGUCAGCCGAGCUAGUUUAGUUCUGAAUUGCUUGAUGAAACGAUAAGAAACUUUAAACCCUAGUAUUGAAUCAAGCCGCCAAUGGCAACACAACUCGAAGAUUGAUUGUGCAGACGAAUACAGAAAGAUAUAAUGAUGAAUCAAAUUAUAAUUACUUAACGAAUAGAAUUUUAAAUAAACGAUUUAUGAAUAUA